AUGAAAGACAUGAAGAAAAAGUGUGACGAAGGCAGACCGAGAUGUUGCACGUGCAGACGACUUGGCCACCCAUGUACAUACAAAGAUGUCUCUGGUACCUCUUCUCUCCCAUCAACUCGGGCAGUCACACCUGCUAGUCCAGCGACCAUCCCAUCAGAUGACGGUGCUCGAGGAAUUCUUGGGAAUUUCAAAACCAUAUCAAAGACUAUUCCUAACGACAAUGUUGCCCCACCGCUGAAAAUGACGGAGCUGAAGCUUCUGUAUCACUUCGUAACUCACACCUACGAUACCCUUGGAACUACGGACUCGGAAAAGAAACACAUUUGGCAGGUCACCAUGAUCAAAGUUGGCUUCGACUAUCCAUUUGUCAUCCGAGGUAUUCUAUCUAUCUCGGCCCUCCAUAUUGCAACCAAAGAGCCGGAUACCGCUGCUGAGAACCUUGUUGUCGCGUCGACACAGUACAACGCAGCUCUCAUUGACUUUCGAGAGGCAUUACGGGAUGUCAACGAUGACUCCUGUACGGCAGUAUUUGCAUUCUCAUGCGUGACAGCCGUCCAUGCACUAGGCGUCGCCCAGGUACAAAAGCCCGACGACCCAAUUGGUGACCUUCAGAACUGUUUAAACCUGGUCAAAGGAGUUCUUUUGAUUCUCGAGCCGCACCUGGAACAACUCGGUCGCUCAGGAGUUCUCGAUCCUGGCUCCAACGCCGUUAGCCUGCAUUACUCGAACAUUCCCGAAAUCCUCGAGCUUCGUUCGCUCGCGGAGUCGAUCCCUGACGACGAUACGUCCAAAACAUGCGUUCAGGCCAUCGAUCAGCUUCAUAGAGGCGUCUAUCUUGCCAUCAGUAGCUCCGAAGAGGAUUCGCAUUUCCAUUUCCUGCUGGCGUGGCCUACGCUUGUGCCGUCGCAGUUUUUCGAGAUUCUGUCCUCGAGGGAACCAGUGGCGGUUCUCAUUAUCACUUAUUUUGCUGCGGCGCUGGGCUUCAAAGGCAAUGUUUGGUGGUUGGCUAAUUGGAAUCGUUAUAUCAUGGAAGCGGCUGAGGCGGAGUUGACGCCUGAGAUGCAGGUUUAUCUGGAGUGGCCGAGGAGAAUCAUCGCUUCUAGCAUUGUUUCGUCGGACACAGUUGAUGAAUGA